AUGCUUCCAUCGCUAGUCAGGUCGGGCGGUUACGUCUGGAAAUUCACCCCUCAUAUUACUUCAACACAGCGUGUCAACUUGCGUAAGAGAAGUGAACAGGUUGAUUCCAACAUUGAUCAAAUAUACCGUGGUUUAAUCCAGCUGCAGCAAGGUGAAAAGAAGAUGGGCGACAAAACAGGAUAUCCGAAGAUUGACCAUUUGAAGUUUGAGAUGCCUAGAUAUAAUGAAAUGAAAAGCCGGGAUAAAUACACUACGUUUAGCAAACAUUCGCGUGAUUACAGAAAGCCUAUUCAUAGGGUGCCUAAGUGGACCAAACUAUCAUUCAGAGAGAAUCCAAAAUACUUCUAA